AUGGAAGAAAGUGAUGAACCUGAUCAGCCUAUCUCAUCAGGGAGGCAAGAAAUUCGAAAGAGAAGACGACCCAGCCGGCCAAUGGUAGACAAAGCCCAGCAGACUGAAGAGCUAGAGAAAAAGAAGCACUCGCCCAUGCCACAAUCAUCUGGCCCCAAAGCGACCCUUAGUAUUGGUAAUAUUCAUGGAAGCAAAGUCAACUAUGAGUCUCUCAGAGUAUCUUCUCAACUUCAGCAAACUUGGGUGAAGAGAAAGCGUGUACAGGAUAUGACUGACAAAUCUCUGCAGACAGACCCUAUUGCAGAAGAGAAAAAAGAAGAAAUCAAGUCAGUUGGUGAAACAGUGAUACCUGAUGAAAAGCCAGCUGCUGUUGGAGAGGCAGCCCCUGAAUUUCCAGAGAGUGUUCAUGAAGUGGAAAUUUCACCAAGCAGACCCGCAGUUCAACUCAAAAUUGACAGAUCUCAGCAGACCAGUUGUACUGGAGAUUGGACAAUGAUGAACAUUCCUCAAAGAGAAAAAGUGGACAAGGAACAGCAGACAUACUUUAGUGAAUCAGAAAUAGUGGUUAUUUGCAGACCAGGUAGUUCUUUUCCAAAUUCAAAGCAAGAUGAGCAGACACCUAAAUCCUCAGGGAAGGUUUUUGCGGGUGAACAUCCUGAAUUUCAACCCACAACGUGUAGCAGUGAAGAAAUUAGGCAGAAAAGUAUCAGCAGAUCUUCAUUUAGUCAACAAAACAUAAAAAGUACUCCAGUACUUUUAGAAGAUGAGCAAGACGUUCUAGUUGAAGUACAGCCUCCCACUGCAGAAGAGAUCUCUCCUGAAGUGCAACCUCCACCGGCAGAGGAGAUCACUGCAGAAGAGACCCCGGCUGACCUUCAGCCUCCACCAGCCGAGGAGGCCCCUACAGAACAGGCUCUUUCAGAAGAGCCUUAUGCUGAAGUUCAACCUCCAACAGCUGAAGAGGCUCCUGUUGAAAUACAGCCUUCCCCAGCUGAGGAGGCUCCUACACAGGAGGCCCCAGAACUUCAGCUUCCACCGGCUGUGGAGGCCCCUGCAGAAGAGGUCCUAGAGGAACUUCAGCCUCUACCAGCUGAGGAGGCUCCUGCAGAGGAGGCCACUGCUGAACUUCAGCCUCCCCUAGUUGAGGAGACCACUGCAGAAGAGGUCCCUGCCAAAGUUCAGCCUCCAGCUACUGAGGAGGUCCUUGCAGAAGAGCCCCUAGCUGAACUGCAGCCUCCACCAGUUGAGAAGUCCCCUGCAGAAGAGGCCCCAGCUGAAGACCAGUCUCCACCAGCUGAGGAGCCUCCUAUAGAAGAGGCCUCAGCUGAAGAUCAGUCUCCACCAACUGAGGAGCCUCCUAUGGAAGAGGCCCCAGCUGAAGAUCAGUCUCCACCAACUCAGGAGCCUCCUAUGGAAGAGGCCCCAGCUGAAGAUCAGUCUCCACCAGCUGAGGAGGCCCUUGCAGGAGAGGCCCCAGCUGAGAUCACUGCAGGAGAGACCCCAGCUGAACUUCUGUCUCCACCAGCUGAGGAAGUCCCUGCAGAAGAGGCCCCUGCUGAACUUCAGCCUCCACCAACUGAAGAAACUACUUCAGAAAUGGUCCCUGUGGACAGACAGCCUCCACCAGCUGAAGAGCCCAAUUCUAUCUCACAAAUCUCUAUAAAAGAUACCCCUGCUGAAGUUCAGCCUCCACCAUCUCAACAAACCCCUACAGCUGAGGCUCUGGUAGACAAUGUGUCUACUGAAUAUCAGUCUCCCGAGACAACAGAUGUCUCAGUGGUAAAAUUAGGAUCACUGCUUUUGAAAGAUGAGCCAAAGUAUGAAGAGCCUUUACAACUGGAUCCUGUUCCUGAAGAUUUGUCUACUAACGUGAAAGGACAGGUUUCUACUAUUGAAAUAGAUGGUGUCAUCCAGAUACAAGUGAAAUAG